GUCACAUCAUCACGUGACCUCGUGGCUUCGCGGCUUCGCGGCUUCGCGACUCGGCGACUCGUGUGCUUUCCCUUCUAAAUUUAACGUUUCGUAGACACGGAUGCAGACGGAUACCGUAUACUCGCGCUGAGCCAGUCCCUCACUCUAUUCCCACCAUUGCCGUCGACCCCUUUGAACCAGAUCUGUCCGAAAAGUAAAGGGCCCAAAAUAACUCCAAUCCCAACCUAUACCGCCACUGCGCUUAAUGGCCUCCCGACAAGAUCCCUUGACAGUAACCGCCAUCAAACAAUCCUUCAUCGACGCCCAGACUCGCCUGCUCUCCCAGCCGCCCCGUCCGUCGGGGGCCUGGCGCGCUCAUAAUGCCGCGUCCGAGGACCCCCUUCCGGGCCCGGCCCUGGACGACGCCCUCCUCCGCCUGGACCAGACCAUCGCUCAACAUGCCCGUCGCGUAUACCCACCGCAGUCCACUCGCCUCGUCGCAGAGCAGAUAGACCGUCUCUACCAGACCGAAGCCGAACGCCGGGACCGCGCCCGAGAUGCCAGCCACGAUGAGCUCGGCGUACCUUCAAGCGCCGCUGACCUGACUUCCGACGAAAUCCUCUCCUCCCUCCCCGCAACCUGGCCCAUCCCAAAAGAAGCCGAAUCCCUCCACCCCCAAGCGAAACGCUACGCAGACCUCGCAGCCCGCCUAUCGACCCUGGCCGACGCCCGCUCCCAGGCUCGCGCUCGCCUCGCCCGCCUCCGCCGCGCCCACGCCGCUCUGCGCCCCUUUGCCGCACCAGCAGACGAUCACGAAGCCGCACCCCCCACCGCGGGACGGAGCGACGGCCGCGACCAUGGCAACAGCGCUAUCCAGCAGAACCUCGUCACCCGCGACGGCGACGUCGAGCGCGAGCUCGCGCGCAUGCGUCUCCUGCUCGCUCGGGUUAGCGGCCGUGUUGCCGCCCUUCCUUCCCCGCUGCUGGCGCCUGCUGCCUCUUCGACAUCUGUAGUACCCGGUGAUGAUGUCUCAAUGGAAAUGGACUUCCCUGCUCAAGAGGAGAGCAGGAAGGUGGAUGAGUUGCUGGGGAGGUUCUGAACACGGCUUUCCCGCCAUGGCGGUUUCCUCUGAAUUUUUUUUUCUUCUUUUCAAUCUUGGGUGUCUUCAGCAUCAGGGAGUUUUGGCGUACCAAGGGCAUAAAGUGGACUGGAAAGUUGAUACCCCCCCUGUCAGGUCAUCUCCAGAGAUGUAAAUAUGUCUAAUGCCGCCGCAAACCUCGUCACCUUACCUAAAGUUACUCAGAACCUGGAAACGCAAUCGUCCUACGCACUCCCACUCAU